AUGUCUUCCCAUAAAGAGAAUUUAGCCUGCAAGCUGGAGGAAGACUCGCAGGAACCUGAGCAGGACCAGGGUCCGAGGUGUGGGCAGCAUUCCGAAGCAAUGGAAGAGGAGGACACCAACUCUUGCUGUUCAUUCUGCUUUUUCCCCUGUGGAACCUACUUUUCUUUCUCCUCUGUCUCUACCGAGUUAGAGAGCUUCGAGGAAGAGGGAGCCACUGACUUGGCACCUUUUGAUCUCCCGAGUUCUCCCCUGAUGCCUGACCCUAUGUGGCAACAGCUGUCAAAGGAAGAUAGUGCCAGCAGCCAAGGGGAUGAUGGCCAAGACGGGGAGGAGCUGAUGGAGAGCCCAGAGGAUGAGUGGCAGGUCUCCUGGCAGAUGCACAAUGAUGAGAGCUCCAGUAGCUCAGAACACGAGUGGAUGGCCCUCUGGCAGAUGCAGGGAGAUAGCACCAGCAUCCAGGAGGGAAAGUGGAUGGCAGAGGAGGAGAGCUAUGGCCAGGAGGAAGCAGGCACCUGGCUGGAGCUGGGGGAGUGCUCCAGCAACCAGAGAGAGGAGGGGGAAGAGUUUGAGGAAGGAGAAGAGGCAGAGGCGGAGGAAGGAGACAUGUCAGAGGAGGAGGAAGAAGAGACAGAGGAGGAGAAAUGGGAAAUGGCAGAUGAGGAGGAUGGAGAAAUGUCAGAGGAGGAGGAAGGAGAAAUGGCAGGCGAGGAGGAAGAAGACACAGAGGAGGAGGAAGGAGAAAUUGUAGAGGAGGAGGAAGAAGACACGGAGGAGGAAGGGCAAGGAGACGGAGAAGGGUCAGAGAGUGAGGACUCGGGUGACUCUGGGCCCUCACUCCUCCAGGAGGCACUCCAAGAGAAGAUGCUCGAUGUGGUGAAGUUUCUCCUCCUCAAGUACCGCUCAAAGGAGGUAGUAAGCAAGAAGGAGAUAGUACGCAAUUUCCUCCGUCAUUACCCUGCACUCUUCCCUAUCAUCUUCACCAACUCCCGUGAAUACCUGCAGUUGGUCUUUGGCAUUGAAGUGCAGGAUGUGGUGGCCAGUAGGAGCUUUAUGAUGGUUCCCUGCCUGGGUCUCACUUAUGAUGGCUUGGAGAAUCCUGAGCAGAUCAUGCCCAAGACGGGCCUUCUAGUGAUGGUCUUGGGGAUCAUCUUCCUGGCAGGCGAUCGUAUCAUGGAGGAGGAUCUCUGGAAUGUGCUGGUUUUGAUGGGAGUGUAUCCUGACACAGAGCAUUAUAUUUUUGGGCAUCCCCGGGAGCUCCUCACCAAUGUGUUGGUGCGGGAGCAGUAUCUGGAUUACCGGCACACUCCGGGAAAUCCUGGCCGCCAUCAGUUCCUCUGGGGCCCCAGGGCCUAUGCUGAAACGAGCAGGUGGGAGGUCCUGAAGUUUUUACUCAAGGUGACUAAGAGUGAGUCUGAGGACUCCUCUUCUGAUGAGUCUGAGAGUGAUGGGGAGGAGGGUGCUCGGGGUGAGUAA